AUGUUGAAGGAAAACCACUGUUUGGUUAUUCGUAAUCCAUCGUUGGGGGAAAAUCGGCAAAAAGUUAAGUACGUUUCGUCGGCAUUGAAGAUUAAUCUCAAUGAUAAUACGGUUGUUACUGCUUGCAACAAGGCUGUUGGCUCUGAGUGGGGAUUUGAGUUUGUUCCGUUUGACUAUUUAGUAGAGAAUCCUGAAGAUGACAGCAAUUCAUUCAAAUCUUCGAUUGACGUAAUUGGCUAUGUUGUUAGAAGCUUUCCGUUUGAACUUAAAGAUAACAAUAACAAUGGUAAAGAGGAAAAGAAGCUAACGGUUAUGCUUGAAUAUUUGAGUCAUAAGCAAAUCUAUGUCACACUAUGGGAUGAAUAUGCCGAGCAAAUUUUGGAAUUUGAAAGGAACAACAAAGAUGAAAAGAAUGUUGUUAUCGUUCUUCAAUUUGCAAAAUAUAGGUUUUGGCAAGGUUUUGUAUACGUCUCCAACAUGUAUACGGUUACUCGUGUUUUCAUCAACAAGGAUAUUGAUGAGAUUAACCAGUUUAAGAAAAGUUUCAUUGCACAACUGUCCUCCGAGAAAUCGUCCGAGUACUCUGGUCUGAGUUCAACUGUAAUGAAAUCUCCUACCGACGAGUUUCUAACAGAUAUUAACUUCAGUACUAUAGGAGCCCUUACCGAAAUAACUGAGAAAAAAUUUGUUAUUGUUCUUGGCACCAUAAAGAGUUUUGCUUCGGAAAGUGAAUGGUUUUAUAAUGCAUGUAAGAACUGCAAUUGCAAGGUCUCCACCAAGACGGUUCAAAAAGAUAAAGCUGAUGGAACUGAUGGUGUUGAGGAGGUUGUUAUCCUCGAGUGCAAGAAUGCCCCGUGUAACAAGAAGACCGUGUAUUCCGUUCCCAGGAUAAAGGUUCUAAUCCAUGUUCAAGAUUGUACGGGCAUUGUUACUCUUACCAUGUUUGAGCGUGAGGUCGUAAAGCUUCUCAAUGUUAACGCCAAUCAAUUGCUAGACAAGAACUUGGAGUUGGCUAAUGAAGGAAGAUUCCCAGAGGAACUUAAAGCUUUACUCGGAAAGAAGUUGGCCUUCAAGAUCGCUAUAAGUUUGUAUAACAUCCAAAAGAAGUUUGAUGGAUACUCUGUUUCCAAAUUAACAGAUAAUACAACCGUGAUCUCGGAGCUGGAUAGGAAUUUUGAUGUAUUCCAGCCUGCUGAUGAAGACCGUGAAGAUGGUGGUUUGCCUGUUAUAGACCCAACAAACGAGGAUCUCGCCAAGGAUUCUGUUUCCCGUACUGGCGAUGAUGUAACUCCAAUAUCUAAUGUGUCCAGAACCUUUUUUACAACAUACAUGUUGGAUGGGGACAAUACCUGA